AUGCUUAAAGCAACACAGCUAGAUAAUAAGUUUAUUGAUAGUCAUCUUCGACAGUGUGUUAAGGUGCUGUUUCCAGUUGUGCCUCUGCGGGUUAAUAUUGAGAGCGUUGGAGUCCGUAAACAGGAAAUGUUUAAUGUGAUAGUUGAACAGAUCGACUUACAAAACCUCAUCCAAAUCAGAAUAACUCAAGUGAAUGAUCAUGCUAAAAUGUACAUCAGCACCAUCGACCACACAGCAUAUGAGCAGAUUAGAGCUGAGCAAUCAUUGCAUGUCACGUUCCAAGGGUUUGUUGACCAUCUUAUUAAAAUCCUGGACGAUUGUAAAAGAGACGAAUUACACCUAGCUCUCAUUACCAGCAAUAGCACACACACGCUGCAGAUUUUCGAAAAAAGUUCUUUUAAAAAUUUAACUCAUCUUUUUCUCUCCAUGGCAAACGCUUUGACUGAAACUGUUUUGUUCCAUAUAAACGAAACACUUCAAAUUUUGCAAGAGCAAAAUUUUUCAUACUCAUCACAAGUUCAACAGUUUCAAUUUGAUGUGACUUCUAAAAACGAUGCCAUCAGUAAAUUAAAAGGAGAAAUAGUUUCUUUGAAUGGAAAAAUAAUGGAACAAGAACAUUUGAUUUUCAGUAGAAAUAAUGAAGAAAUGAAUCGGUUACAUCAAACCAUAAAAAAUUUAACUGAAAGCAAGGGAAUGGAAGAAAAACGUUUAAAAACCAUUAUUACGAGUAUGCAAGAAAAAAUAGAUCAGCUUACUCAAGAAACAUUUGACCGUACAGAACGCAUGGUCCAGGAAACAAAGCGGUUCGAAUCCAUUCGUGAAGACAAUAUACUACUUCGGACUCAACACGCUCAAUUAAAAGAGGAGCUCGAACGGUUAAAAACUGAAAUUUCAUCGCAGCACAAACGCGAAUCUAAAGCCGAGAUGGCCACGAGUGAACUAAAACAUCAACUUAUUGAGAUGCAGAGUAAAAUUAAGAUUAUCGAAAAACGACGUUCGGAACUAGAAGCUGAAUUAGAUGCAGAGAGAGGCAUCUGCCAAACCAAGAAGAACGCCUUGCAACUAACAACUGAUGAGCUCGAUAAUGCUUCAACAGUUAUCAAUAACCUUAACAAAGAAAAUAUGAAAUUGAAAAGUAAAAUCGAUCUACGUACGGAAAUAGCUUUACGUCAAGAAAAAAUGCUCCACGAAAAGGAUAAGCAGCUUUCCGAAUUAAAUGGUAUAGUGGCAGCGCUUCAACAGGAGCAUAUAAAAAAUAAAGCCUCCAAUGCAGAGUAUGCUGAAACAGUUAAUCGCAUUAAGGAGACAACCGAUAUCAUAGAAGAAAAGUAUCGAAAAAAAAUCAACGACAUGAUUCUAAAGAUAACAGGCUCACAAAAUGUUGAUUUAUCUUCUCCAUUAAACAAUCAAGGUAGAUACCUGCGAACCCAAAAUCGAGUAGAAUGA